AAUUUAAUAUGCCCUUUCAUCAGAGGAGUAUUGAGCCACGGCGUGUGAGUAGGUUAUCGGCGAGGGAUGGCUGGAUUCAGGGGGAAGAAACCGGGAGACGCAAACUGCGAAAACCCAUUUUAUUCUCGUCUUUGGAUGAGGUUGGCUGUCAUACACUGACCAACAUAAUUCACCAACUUUCCGACCUUUCUCGACAUGCCAGCGACAUCUUUCUGGGCAUCGAGAUGGAGGCAGGGAUGGUGUUCAGAAGAUCCUGCAGGAUUCAGGGGCGGCUGCAAAUUCUGCAGGGUGAAGUCUGCAAGUUUGAUCCCAAGAAAAUCAAAAUCCCGGUGUCUAACCUGGAUGAGGAGAGCAAGUGGACGGUUCACUACACAGCUCCGUGGCACCAGCAGGAGAACGUCUUCCUACCAGGCAGCAGGCCGCCCUGCGUAGAAGAUCUCCACCGUCAGGCCAAAGUCAACCUCAAGACUGCACUGCGAGAAUGUGACAAGUUGAGGAAAGAUGGUUUCCGGAGCUCCCAGUACUACUCCCAGGGUCCCACCUUUUCUGACCCGAUUCAAUCCACCAGCAGCCUGCAGGAUGACGAGGACGAUGAAAAUGACAAGAAGUCCACAGCUUCGUCGGUGGAGGACGACAAAUCUCAGCUCUCCAUGAGGCCCCAGACCCCGCAGGGAGGGGGAGGAGAAGGGGAGGUGUCUGAGGUUGAUGGAAAGGUGAUAUGGAAUAAGGCCGGACCCCUUCCCACCCCGGAGGAGAAGAUGAGGCAGGUGGCCCAGGCCGUGCCUACAGACAUAGUCGCAAUCAACGUCACAGGGGCAGUGUUUGACCGACAGGCGAGCAUCCGGCGCUCCCUCAUUAACACUGACACCGUGUCCCGCCGGCCCAAGAAGGUCAAACGCAGAAAGACAAUAUCAGGGCUGCCUGACAACAUCAACCAGGAGCUAGCAAAAGGACGUGGCGGAGAGCUCCGGCCGCAAUCCAUGUUCAUCCCGGGACAGUACUCCACUUUGGGCCGAGUUGGGAGUGUCAACUCAACCCUCCGACGUUCGGAGACCAGAGACUCGAGCUGCCAGACCGAGGAAGUGAAGGUUGUACCCCCGUCCAUGAGAAGAAUUCGGGCACAGAGAGGACAGGGAAUCGCUGCCCAGAUGGCCGGCAUUUCUGCUUCCUCCUCAACAGGAAGUAUAUCCAUCUCCAGUAGUGACAGCUCCGGGAUCUUGAUGCUGCCACAUCAGUUUAACGGGGACCCUUCCCGUUUCCACAGUCUGCCACGACAGGGCGCCAGGGUGUCGCUCAGCGCUGAUCCCAUCUAUAGCAGCACCCCCAUCAAGUCAGAAGAGCAAACGACACCUCAGAGGCAAAUUGGAAAGCUUCAGGUUGAUGAUACAGUGGUACACAUGAGAAACGCCCCAAGAACAGGCACCCUGCCCAGGCCCAAGUCUCAGGAGGUGAGGGCGACACAGUCCUGUGAGUGGGGUGGAGGUCCAGCUUGUGUAGUUUCCCCACAUGCCGCCUAUUCCACCUCACUCAUCCCCAAUGCCACCCUGUCUAGCUCCACUGAGGUCAUUGCCCUCAACACCUCUGGUCAGCUGUCCCACUCCCCGGUCUCAGUUUACCCCACAGGCCGACCACUCAGUUUGGCUUCCUCCUCCAACACUGACCCUCUGAUCUCCAGUCCAGCAGCCUUCACCCACAGCAGCACCUGCCCGGCCUUGGCCACAUCUACCCCCACUCAUACACAACACGAUUGCGGUCUGAUCGUUGCAGCACCCGCUAGCGAGUCAGGGCACUCAGACAGCAGCGUACACAGCCACAGCACCUUGGCCCCUACGCCUCCAUCCUGUCUGCCAGAGGAGCAGUGGAUCUAUGACACACCAGAAAACGUGGUGGUCCCUCAUCGCACUCUGACCUCCAGCUGUUCCACUCCUAUUAACCAGCUCUAUAGCAGCCUGGACCUCUCCUCCAGGACCACUACUGAUUCAAGCUCACUCUACUCCCAGGACAACGAUGGCUACUACACCUCCAUGCACCUGGACUCUGGCCUGCGCUCUCGUAGCCAUGGCAGUGGGCACGGGGCAGCAGCUGGACGGGCCACCAGACACAGCAUGUACGAGUGCCGCGAGAUGGCCAAUCAGGAAGACUCUGGAAGCUUGUACAGUGAUCGCUCUCUAUCCCGCAGCAUCUCCCUUCGCAAGGCCAAGAAGCCUCCACUGCCCCCAGCCCGUACAGACUCUCUUAGACGCAAGCCUGCUGCGAAAAAGCCCCUUGGAGGAGUUAGCGCCAUCAGUGGUGCUAAAGAACCAAACGGCGCCAUGCUUAAUGAAACUCUCAUUGCCAGUUUGCAGCAGAGCCUACAGAUAGGGCUGAGGGGAGGGAAAGGAAAGGGUGCUUCACCGUCUUCACCCUCUCACAGCCCGAGCAGCGACUACGAUGACCCUUGGGUGCUACGGCCACGCAGUCAGAGUAGCAUCAGUGCAGGUAGCUCUGCAGCGUCAUUAGUAGCUAACGCAAACUGUGGCGGCGUGUCUAACGUAUACUCGCUAUGCCACGUGACGCCUGCUCACAGUGACACCAGCAGCUUGCGUUCAGACUAUGCUGAUUCCUGGGGUUAUUACAUGGACUACCCUCGUAACCAUGGAGACCAGAGGGCGCAGACCCCUCCGGCCUCAGAUAACAUGACAGCUGGGCCUCACCCAGGAGGACUACAGAAUGGAGGUGAGAUUCACAGCAGCAGCCAGGCCCCUGGCGCUCCAGGCCAGGAGGGAGGGAUGGCAGUGAAGCCCAAAACAUCCACCUCCUCUCCGGACAGGGUGCACAGACUGACCUCCCCGUCUAGCGGCUACUCCAGCCAGUCCAACACCCCCACGGCUGGAACCCCAGUUCCCUCGUUCGUCAGGUCCAUGUCUCCCUCGGGCGGCCGGCCCAAGCCCAAAGUGCCUGAGAGGAAGUCGUCUCUCCUCUCCUCUGUAUCCAUGUCCUCCUCUUCCACCUCCCUCUCCUCCAACACCUCAGACUCACUGAAGAGCUCGGGUCCUCCUCCACCACCUCCACCCCUGCCCCUCUCCUCCUCCUCAGCUCCGAACACCCCUCUCAGCCCACCUCCACCCUUCCCUCCCCCUCUUCCACCAAGUUUGAGCGCAGGUUCCCCGACUCCUCCACCAGCUCCCCCAUUACCAACCACUCCACAGGGAACUUCUCUGAGCCCGCUCCCUGCUUGCUCCACCUCCCCAGAAUUCCCUCCUCCUCCAUCCCCUGAAACGCUAAUCCGCCCCAGUUCGUCCUUCAAUGGGAGCUUCAGCCCCCCCCCUCCGCCUCCCCCUCCCAUGCCCUCCUUUGGGCCCCCUCCACCUCCUCCACUGCCUGCUUUUGUUCCACCUUCUUCCUCCCCCUCUCUAGUGAAAACAGUGAAGGAUGCUCCUAAACCAGCUACUUCCAGCAGUCCCACAAAUUCACCUAAGCCCCUAAUCACCCCGUUUGCACUACAGAGUGUUCAGCUCCGCUCAGUCAAGCGGCCAGAGAAGGAGAUUAAUGGCAAAGCUCAGGAGACAGGGGUGGACCUCCUUCAGGGUCUAAAGCCCCAUACCCUGGAGAAAUCUCACUCCCAGGAGCGUCCCACUGUGUUACCCAUGUUUAAAAGCUCCCCAGACGACGAUUCACGUAAUUCCUCACCAUCACCAGUGUCAAAGCUCUUAGAAGAGUUGUCAUUGGACUGCAGUAUCACAGAUGAGACACCAGAUAGUGCUGUCUUAAAUGGAAAAGAGGAUCAGUGUUACUUUCUCUUAAACGGAAAGGAAACAGAUGAGAGGCAGGAAUCAUUGCCAAGUCUCACAAAGAGCUCCCCUGUCAAACAGAAGCCCCCAGCAGUCUCCAAGAAACCCAAACUCUCUUUUCUGCCACCAUUUAGCCCCCAACAAAUCAAUGGACAGGUUCCAGGUCAGCAUGAGGAUACAGCCAGCCUGUCCAAAAUAGAAGACGAAGUAGAUGCUCGGCGAAGGCCAACAAAGGAAGAGGAGAAAGAGAAGAAUAGUGAGCAACAGGAGGAGGAGGAGAUUUCAGAGAGCUCUGAGCCAUUAGCAGAGAGCAGUGAAGCAUCCUCAGAAAUCCAGGACGAGCCCCACAUCUCUACUUCUGCUAACCAGGAGACAAAUCUUGAUCAUGGACUGUGUACCUACGGAGAGGCUCAGGAGGAGGAUGACGAGGAGGGAGAUGGAGCAAGCAGCACGACUGGAUCCAUCAGCUCCAAGGAAGACGACGCAGGUGAGGUGUUCGACUCCAGUACGGCUGAAUCGUCUCCGUCCCCGUCAACCAACGGGGAGAAAAUGGUGACCCCGACUCCCACACGGCCCAGAACCACCGAGGACCUCUUUGCUGCCAUUCACAGGUCGAAGCGCAAAGUCCUGGGUCGCAAGGAGUCUGAGGAGGACAAGUCCCGGGGUGGGAGCAACCCACAUUCUCCACCCGUCACCCCAACAGGCCAGUCUCCAGGGACGGUGUCCUCUCUGCCCCGGCAGAUGGGCUCCAUCCAGCGCAACCUCCGCAAGUCCUCCACCAGCAGCGACACAUUCAAGGCCCUUCUCCUCAAGAAGGGCAGCCGCUCUGAGACCAGCUUCAGGAUGUCUGCUGCUGAGAUGCUUCGCUCCACUGACCCUCGCUUCCAGAGAACACGCUCCGAGUCAGCAUUAGACCCCCCUGCUGCAUCGCCCUCCUCCCCGACAGCACCGCACAGCCCAUGCGGCUCCCCCGGUCGUGGUAAACGGGCAACAGAUGAGUGGACCCGCUAUGAGGCCUUGGCUCUGUCCUCACCAACUUCACCAUCCUUUUCAAUGAGUGGGUUUAAGUAUGGGCGCUCUCGCACACCGCCCUCUGCUGCUAGCAGCAAAUACAACGCACGCAGUCGAAUCCUCAGCAGCCCAAUGACAGUUAUCUGCGAGCGCGAAGGGGAGUUGGCUGAGAGCGAGUAUGGAGACACUGCAGAAAGUCCGUCUGGACCCACAGUCCAGACUCUCCCUCUGCUCAAAGACUCCAAUGGCACUUUAUCUGAAGAGAGCAGAAGUUAAAGAGCAAGAACUGCCCCUUCGAUUCAGGGAGCUGAACUCAUUCGUUGUAACCAGGCAGGGGGCAGGAAGAAGAGCCAAUAGAAGAGACACCUUCCUGAGCCCCGCCCCCUCUGCGCUGCCCCUAAGGGAGUGGACAUGUCAGGUCCUGGUGUGAGGACAGAGGUCACCCCAUCACGGACUCAGCUGAACUUAGUCUGAAGUGGAGAACUGGUUGUGCUGCAGCUUUUCAAAACUCUCCUGAUUCUCAUUCUCCUUCAUUUGGUGACUCACCCUCUGUGUUAAAAGAAUAGUGUUUCUUUUACGCCUGGUGUUCUUAGUUUGUUUUCUGUUUGUUUUGCUGUUUUUUUUUUUUUUUACUUUACCCUGUCCUUAACAUGCAGGAACCCUUUAGUUUCUUUGAAGGACAAGGUUCAGAUGGCAAAUUAAGGUGAAUCGAAGGAAUCGAAAAGUCACAAGUUGUUUGCUUAACUUUGCUGCUGUGGUGCUACAUAGCUAGGCAGUUGGAAAGAGUGGGAUGUAAAGGUGUGCCGGACGCUCGCCUCGUGAAUCUUCUAAGCUUCUGCUUCUCUCCUGUUGGCUCUGGGAAGUGUUUUGAGAGCGCCACGGCCUGCGAAUGUUGCCUUCAGACAGCUCUUUAUGUUGUGGAAAGAACUCGAGGACGUGGUACAGCAGACAGCUCCACGGUACAACUUCAGAUACGGUUAUCACCAGGUUUUUUGCUUUCUGCUCUUAUGGUUCGGUGGUGUAGUUUGCAGAGCUGGGGUGUAUUCAGAGGUCCACAGAAAGUGCAGAGGGCUCAGUGCUGCCACCUAGUGACGGGCAGGAAGUGGAAAAUGGUUGGGGGUACGAAGGCUCAGCCAAAACACUUCUCUAUGAAAAAGGCUCAUAAAACCUCUAUUAAGUAACUUUUAGUUUAUAGAUUUUGCACUGUGCAUAGGUCUUUUCUUUGUUUGUGAUUUAAAAAAAAGUAUGUUUUAAAGAUUGUUUUAAUAAACAAGUGAUGUCAAGACUUGUGUUUUGGGAGUUAAGAAUGAAUCUAUAAAUGUAAAGCCGGAAAUUACAAAAAGCUUGUUUUACUGUCCGGGUCUUUUAGUGAGAAUGUUGGUUACCAAAGAGCUGAAAAAAUGAAGCGUAGCUGGCCGUUAAUCUGGACGUGAACACAAUCAAAGAGUGACCACUUGUCUGACACCACAUGCAGAUGGUCCAACCAUUGUUAAGUUUGCAGAGACCUACUAGAACCUUUUUAGGGCUUAAGUGAUUUCUAUAAUGACGUUGACCUUUCUGCUAAGUUUAUCCCUUUGCAGUUUUAUAUGGUUAUGUAUGUAAAUACAUAGAGAAAUUAGUUUUAAGUAACAGUUUGACUUAUUUUCAAAGAAUUUGUACAUUUUUAGAGCUCUGUGUUUGCUGGAAGGGAGUGGUUUCCUUUUUGUAGAUUAUUUAUUUUCACAUAGCAGGGUUGCAGUAUGGUAAACUGUCAAGCAGGGUGAUGGAGGCACAGGGAAGAAGGGUUAGGAGGAACAAGAGCCACAUUUACUCCACUGAUCCAACCAGUUCAUUUCUUUCUUUUAAAAAAGGUGCUUCAAAAAUGCAAUAAUGUCAAUAUUUAUGCUUCAGCCUUCUACUGCCCUUAAUCUUGAGUCAUGCAAACCACACACUGGUGCUCACAGCUGAGUAAAUGUGGUCUCUUCAGAGACAUGAACUGAGGUGACAGGCUCGAGACGUCAUAACCUCCUAACAGCCAUAACACCCUGUGGUUUAAUCACCUGUGACCAAAGUGUGUCUCGCCCCCCAGCUCCCGCCUGACCAUGAUUGAGCACUUGGGGCCGGGGCUCAUCUCAUGACAGGGAACGUCUCAAUCUCAGAGAGCUUGUGAAAAAGACGAGAGGACAGAAGAGGAAGUCGUGAAGUAGUGGGAGUGGAGCUGAAGGCAGGCUGCUAAUGCUCUUGUGUAUGUCUGUGUAAUA